GCAUCAUUGGACUUCACGUCGCGCUCGUCUUGCCGGUCCAAGAACCGUGGCAAUGGCCCAUGAGUGCCAGCGAAGACACCGUUCUUCAUCAUCAAGAGAGACUGCCUGAAGUGCCUUUGUGGGCCGAACCCAAAGUCCCUCCUUCUCCGAAUCCUUCAAGCGAUGGGCCGGAGAGGAGCUCCAACUUCCGAUUCCUCGCCACGCGCGCUGCGACGGCGACACGAAAUCUCGUGGAUCGGCUGAAGUCCAAGACGAAUCGGCCCACGCGAGUGAAGGUCAUCAAGGACGCCGACGAGCUCAAGAAGCAGCUGCAUCGAGCCAUCAACGAAGGCAAAAAGGCGUACAACGUGGAGGACCUCUACUGGAAAACUGGUGUGAUGCAGAAGAUCGCUCGGAGUAGUCUCUUUCAGAACGCGACGCUUGCGAUGAUUCUGGGAUACGCGCUUUGGUUGUCAUACGACACUGACGCCAAUCAAGCCUCAACCCUGCUGGCAGCGGAGAUGCAAUUCCAGGUGAUGGAGCAUGUGUUCUGUGCCUAUUUUCUGGUAGAACUGACGAUCCGCUUCUUUGCCUUCAGAGAGAAGUGCCAAGCACUCUGCGACGGAUGGUUCGUGUUCGACCUGCUCCUGGUGCUCUUGGGCGUGGCAGAGGCUUGGGUGAUGACCAUUGUCCUUCUCCUGAGCGACUCUCAGGGCACUUUCUUCAGCAACAGCUCCUCCCUACGACUCAUCCGACUCCUUCGUCUCUCGCGCGUGGCCAGGAUAGCAAGAUUGCUGCGCGCGGCGCCAGAGCUGAUGAUCAUGGUGAAGGGAAUGAUUGCUGCAGCGCGGUCGAUGCUCACCACCGGAGUCUUGGUGGUGGCUGUUCUUUAUGUCUUCGGCAUUGCCAUGCGCCAAGCGACCGAAGGGAGUCAGGGUGGCCGCCUCUACUUCAACACCGUUUGGACCUCCAUGCUCUCGUUGCUGCUCUAUGCGACGUUAUUGGACUCUCCGUCAGUGGUGAUGGGGAGCCUCAAUUGGUUUGGGGGUGCACUUUUCCUCGUGGUGAUCGCUUUGUCGGCUUGGUUGCUGUUGAACAUGCUCAUUGGUGUGAUGUGCGAGGUGGUCAGUGGCGUGAGCCAGACGGAACGCCAGGCCAUCGCGGAGGCCUUCGUGCGAGAGAAGGUGCAGCAAAUCAUUCAAGACCGCCAUGGGGUUCGACAAAUCCCAAGCAUUAGCCGGCGUGUGCUGAUUGAUAUGUUGCACGACCGUAAUGCCACCACUUUGCUGAACGAGGCGGGUGUGGAUGUGGUUGGCCUAGUGGACGUGGCCGACUACAUCUUCCAAAGCGACCACUCGGAAGAGGUGGAAAAGGAGCUUACGUUCGAAGAGUUCUUGAACGUGAUUAUGUCCUUGCGAGGCUCCAAUGCCGUGACCUUGAAGGACAUCAUGGAUCUUCGUCGAACGUUACAUCGAAACCAGACGGAGCUUCGAAGUGUCAUCAGCGAGCUGGAGGAGCGGACGCCCUUAGCAUCCCCUCUACGGCCCCUGCCGAACCGAACCCUUGGAGGUCCAGCAGCCGAGACCUUCUCCACGAUUCGUCCAGGCAACACCUUGGAUGGCAUCUCGACAUCAUUGGGCACCAUCUCGCUGUCACGUGACACCACACCAGAUGGCACCAGCUCCAGGAUCUUCUUGCCUUCCAGCAUUGCGGAGGAGGUCCAUGUCCCAGAUCCUCCUGCCUGGCAGCAAAAGAUUCGAUCGAUCUUGGAACAUCAUGAGGUCAUCGAGGCACGGCAAGCCUUGGCUCGGAAAGAACUCCAGGAGCUUUUGGAGAUGCUUCCAGAGGCCUUGCGAGCACACGGAAGUGAGGGCCAUCAUGCUUGGGGUGUGCCCAUUGUGUGAUUUCCCUAUUGUGUUGUCCGAUUCUGUGAUUGUCAAACUGGAAAAAACUUCACCGGGUGGAUCGUGGCGGUAAAGCAUAGAUAAACAUAGCCACAUGCAAGUGUUCAGGCAUGUGUUCAUUCCGA